AUGGUUAACACAAGGAGUAUGACUAGGAAUGAAAAUCAUAAUGCAUCUAGCCAGAAGAGGUUCAAGACAUGUGAUGAUGAUGAUGAUCCAGCACCAUGGUCAGAUCUUAACCAUGAAUUGCUUUUUACAGUUAUGAUGCAACUGGGAGUUGUUGAUUUUCCUGGAUUUAGUGGAGUUUGUAAGUCAUGGAGGUCAUUUGCACUUUCAAACAAAAACAAAUUCAUGGAAUCCAGACCACCCAUGUCCGUAUCCAUCUUUACAGAGUCUAAUGAGCAAGACUACAACUAUUAUCUAGAUGAUAUAAAUACUGAAGGAAGAAGCUUCAAUUCCAUUCUUCCUCAUUCUGGUGGAAGGAUAUGUGUUGGUUUUACUUGUGGUCAUUUGAUCUUAUUCGGGAGUAAAACUCGUGAUUUCUGGCUUCUGGAUCCUGUCACAAGGCAUGGAGUCCAUUUCCGUGAUAUCCCUUCUUCAGUAAGCGAUGAUCCAGCAAAAAUCAAGGGUGUUCUUGUCAUUUCACCUUCAAAAUCUGGGUGGGUGUUUGUUAUGACAGAUGGAUCCACGAAUAUAUGGUAUUCUAUAUCGGGUCAAGGCGAAUGGAAUUAUGUCUCAUCAACUUCUCCAAUUGUUGAUUUACAUACUUUGAAUGGAAAAGAUCAGUUUUUCAAAUCGUGUGAAAGUCUUUAUGUGAUGGGAUGUCUACCAGAAGGUUAUUAUUUCUAUCACAAGCUAGAUUUUGAGGAAAUGGAAUGGGUGUUAUGUAAAAGUUCAAGAAAAGGAGGGCCAUCAUCUAGUCAUAAAAAGUUGAAGACAAGUGCUCCUGUUAAACAUGGAAAAGCUAAUGCAAUAUGUGUAGCACAUUGGCAUGUUGUUAUGCCUACGAAGGACCUUUUGGUGGUCUUUUCAUUUGAAUAG